AUGAUAAAAAGAUUAAUACCCCUUUCUAAGUAGAUUAGGUUCGCUAUUUAAAAUUCUUCUAAGAUUCUUUAAAUCUAAAAAGUAUAAUUUCCGAGUCAAAUGAAAUUAUAUAAGAUAUCUUAUAAUUUUAGUAAAAAUCAGAAAAUGUAAUUAAAUUAAUUAAUUUUGAAGUUCAUUAGUAGAAGGAAUCUAACACAUUCAAUCACUUUAACGUUAAGUGGUAGCUAUAAAUGAUUUAGAGAAGAUGUUUGAGAAUUAGUUAUAAAUUGUUAAAUAUUUGGAAGAUAAUCUUUAAAACUUUGAUGAUUUAUAUUUUACAGCAUUUUAUAUUGAAUAGAUGAUAGGUUUAUAUUGGUAUUAAGUUGCUAUUUAUGCUUAUUAAAAGCAAGAAAAUCUUCUUAAUAGUGAUUUAACAUCAAAAUUAAUGAAUUUAGAAUUAAUGAAAGAGCUUGAUAUAAUCAAAGAGAAUUAAGUGAAAAAACCAAAAGAUAUAGAAAAUUUGAGUAUUCAAUUAAAAGCUGCCAGUAUAAUGUGUUAUAUGAUUACUUAUGGAGUAAAUGCAGAAAUUGAUUAAUUACAUGACUGGAUGAAGUAAUAAUAUACAUAUUAUUUAAAAGUGAUUAUUUAGAUUAGAUAGAACUGAAUAAUUAAUUAAAUUAAGAAGAAUCAUCAAUUUAAAAUAUGUUUUCAAAAGGUUAUUCUAAAUUUAAAGCAUUAAAUGAUUAGUUAAUACAUUUUUACUUUUUUAUAGCAUAAAUUCAUAAGCAAAGAAAUUUGAUUGAAGAAUUUUAAAGAUUUUAACAUCAAGGAAUUGAAGAAGCAAAAUCUUUUGCAGAUAGAAGCUUAUUAGAAAAUAAAAGCACAUUUAGUAUGGAAUUGAUUUUGAUUAAUUUUUUUGAACUUUUCUCAAAUCUUAGGAUUUAGUAAGAUGUUAGUGAAGAAAUAAUUUUAGAUUAUGCAAAAAAAGUUAUUGAAUUUGGAUCUAAAUUUUGGAAAGAUUCAAAGGAAAGUUAUAUUUAAGAUAUUAAAGUGGGUUUUGCUCAAUAUUUUAUGUCUUAAGAACUUUUUGAAAAUGCUGCUGUCUUGUUAGAAGAAGUUUAUAAAAAUAAAUCUGCUAUUGAUUCAGAUAAUACAGACUUUUUAUUAUAUUCGAAUAUUUACUUUUGCUAAAAAUAAGGAUUUUUAAAAGAAAUAGACUUUAAGUAGGUUUUGAUUGAGGCUGAUGAUCUAAAUUGGAUAGAUUUGGAUUUUUUAUUAAUUUAAGUAUUAGAUGUAUGAAUUAUUUAUUAUAUAAUUAGUUUAAUUUAUGCGUAUUUGAUGAUGCUUUGGAAACUAAAGACCUUAAAAUUAUUGAAUUUAGAUUUCAAAAGGUUAUAUAUUAUAUUCAUGAAUUAAGUAAAUUAAUUUAAAAAGAUCAAUAUAAAGUAAGUUAAAAUGUUCUUAAAUAAUAUAGGCUAUGUUACCAAUUUUUAACUGGAUUGAUUCAGUUCUUACUGAUGAUUUUCUAAAUAAUAAUACUUAAUUUAUUUUAUCCAUUUACAAUGCCUUAAAUUUAUUUAAAGACAUUAAACUAGAUAUAGAUCGUUAGAAUUUAGAAAAAGAUUUUUAUUUAAUAAUUUUAUCUUUUAAAUUGGAUAAAUAAUUAAAAUUAGAUAUUAAUCAAUAAGUAAAAAAUGUUGAAAAUUUUGUAAUUUAAUAUAUUCUAUUAAUUUAGGUGACUAAAUAUUCAUCUAAUCGAGAGAUGUAAAUUAUAACUAUUGAAAAAGUGCUUUUAUUUAAUUUUUAAUUAAUGGAGUAGGAUAAGUUAGAAGAAUGUUUAAGAAUUAUAGAUUCUGUGAUCUCUAUAUUAUAAAAAGGAAAUAAAAAUUUAUAAAGAUAUGUUUAAUAAUUCUUAAAUUAGAAAAAUUAGGCUUAAAGGAAAAAAAAGCAUCAAUGA